AUGCAGCCCGGGAUGAUUGUGAACCUGCUGUCCCAUACUGGUUACAAAAAGGUGCGCGUUUCUAGGGAGACAGAGAGUGGGGGAACGGUUCUUGAGGAAGAUGUGAGGAAACCCUCGCAGGAAAGCAUGAGAGAAAAGAGAAACGACGGUGCGGAGAAAGACCCCUGUGAUGCCUCCACUUUGCUGUGGAAACUCAAAGACUGCUGCCCCUCAAAUGAGACAUCCCCUCAAACCACAAAUAAAAAUAACAUCUACAUGGACAGACAGGCUGUGCUAGAAGUGAAAGAUGUCCCUCCUCCUCCGCACCACAGCGUCUCCUCACAAUUACCUCAGCCCUUCCCUCUGGCCCCUCUUCAUUUGUCUCCUCCCUGCUUGCCUCCUCCUCCUCAGCUUUUGCAAGACUCUCACCAACAACAGCCACAACAACAACUGCAAGAGGGGGCUAGCCCCAAAGCCCAGUGUUCUCCAGGAGCACCUAUCAGCAGCAGCUCUGCUCACUGCUCUGUAGCCUCAUCUGUUUAUGAGCUUAAACAUAAACCCUGCUGUGGCAGUGGAGUUGAUGUUUCUGAUUCCUUGCUCAGUCUUGGUUGUAAAUCUUGCGUCCCCUCUGUUGCUACCUCACAACCUCUUUCGUCGCACCCCUUCCACCCAUGCUGCUCGGGGCUUCUCCACCCCUGCUCAGCUGCACCUCUCCCAUGCAGUCAACCCAGCAUCUUUCCCUCUUCAGCCCCGCUGGCACCGUCUGUUUCCUCUGUGUCUGCUCCUUUGCAUGGCUCUUGCUUGGCCUCUUCUGGGUGUUACACCUGUGGUGUGGACUGCACCCCAUCAGCCAGAAGAUCCCAGAGAAGUGCACUCUUUGAUUAUCCGGCCACCAACACUAUCACUGGUUCAACCACCUCGGCACACGUUUGCUCUAAUCCUAAGCACCUAAAUGUAGAAAGCACGGUUUGUGUGAAGGGGGGACACCACUGCCAGGAGUGCUUGUUGAAGCCCAUGAAUGGUCUGACCUCUGGGCCUGAUAAGGUGUGGCCCAAUGUUCCCAUCCCUCAGACUGCCUUGAUCCCUGUCCCUCUCUGCAAUGGCUGUGGCACAACACCUGAUGGCAAAGCUACCAUGUCAUCCAUCAACCUGGGCAAGAAUGGGCUAAAGUACGGGUGUCCAGAAAGUAGUGGCCCUGAGAACAUCCCUCCCGUGGGUGUCUUUUGGGACAUUGAGAAUUGCAAUGUGCCCAGUGGACGCUCGGCCGGAGCCGUGGUCCAACGCAUUCGCAGCCGUUUCUUCCCGGGACACCGCGAAGCCGAGUUCAUUUGUGUGUGUGACAUCAGUAAAGAGAGCAAAGCCGUCAUCCAAGAGCUCAACAACUGCCAGGUUACUGUCGCGCACAUUAAUGCCACAUCCAAGAAUGCUGCAGAUGAUAAACUUCGUCAGAGUUUACGACGCUUUGCUGAGACCCACACGGCACCCGCAACUGUCGUGCUGGUUUCCUCGGACGUGAACUUUGCAAGCGAGUUGAGUGACUUGCGUCAUCGCCACGGUUUCCAAGUGAUUCUUGUCCACGGCAACCAUACAUCUCCAGCUCUUCUGCAGCACGCCAACCGCCAUGUGGCCUUUCAAGAGAUCACGGCUGAUCUGCCACCACGUAUGCUUGUCAAAGUGCAGCCCAGUUUCAACCUCCUCUAUGUGCACAACCUCCCUGUCAUCUGUGACAAGAGCCUGAGGAAUGCCGUGAAGCUCAGGCUCCGCCGCCUGUCAGACAACUGUGGCGGCAAGGUGCUGAGCAUGUCCCAGGGCGCCGCAGUCCUUCGCUUUGGCAGCCCCGAGGCGGCUGCACGGGCCCGCAAGCGAAUGGAAAACGAGGAUGUGUUUGGCCACCGAAUCAGCCUCUCCUUCUCCCCAAGACUCAAAGAUGGUGCAAGUCCUGAGGCUGAGCUCCACUCUCAGUCCCAUCACUUGCCUCAAAAUCAGGCCCAGACCUCUCAAACCCAGGAGUCAGUGAUUGCCCCACCCCCGCCAGUAUCCUCCUUCUCUUUUCUUCCCCUGGAGAAACCCAGGUCGCCCAGGAGGCCACGGCGGGCAACACGCCCAUGCCCUAUCCCUGGCCAAGAGCCUGAGAGGCCCUACAGCCCCAGGAGGGGCUCCAGUGGGCCUCCCGGUGGUGCUCCAGUCAAGCCCCAUCAGGAGCCAGUUAAUACAGAGAACAAGCCCAGGGUGGGUCCUCCCUUCCUGGAAAAAGGACAUGGGGUUUCCAUGUCACCCCACGGCAAUGGUGAGACAAAACCACUGGAGCAACUCACCAGGCCUGGGCUUACUGGAGAAUCUAUGUACAGAAAGAGAAGGGAGGGCUCCAGUCCUAGAAGAGUGUCUGAGUUGCCUGUAGAAAAGGGGGAUAGGACCACAGCGGAGUUCCACAUUAGUACACCCUCAGCCUUCAGCAAGUUGAAUCUUCACAGGAGCUUCAGUCCUCUUGUGUCUCAGGGCUCCUGGUCCUCCAGGAGCGCAUCCCCCUCCCUGUCCAGCCGCUCCUCGCCACUGCUCACCACCCCUCGCAGCCCCUGCCCUGAAGGGGCCCCCGAGCCUUUCUCCGAUGGGGCGGAGGUUCAGGUGGCCAACCUGGACUACAGAAUGUCUCGUAUGGAUCUGCAGCAGACACUGCGUGAUACAUUCUCCCAAUAUGGACAGGUGAAAGCUGUGGAGCUCAGCCCCCACACUGAUUAUCAGCUGAAGGCCACAAUUCAGAUGGGUUCCCUGCAGCAAGCCAUCAGUGCCGUCAGUGGCCUGCACCGCUACAAGAUCGGAGGCAAACGGAUUCAGGUGUCUCUGAUCACCGGGGGCAACAGCAAAUCUCUUUCUUUGCUCAGCACAGAGAUAAUCUGUAUUCUUCAGGAUGCACCUGCUAACUGCCUUCCUCUGUUCAAGUUCACUGAGAUCUAUGAAAAAAAAUAUUCUCGCAAACUGGCUGUUGGUGACCUCUACAGACUGCCAGACCUGCUUUCAGUGCGGGAGCAGGGCGGCUCAAAGCUGGUGUGCCUUCUGCAAAAUGGCCAAAUCCGUCAGAGUCCGCUGGGAUCCUCACAGUCCCAGGAGGGCUCCUCCUCAACCAGUGGGAGCCCAGUUGUAUUUGAGGAACUCGAGUACCACGAGCCUGUUUGUCGGCAGCAUUAUGUACAGAAGGACUUCAGUGAGGCUGACUUUGACCCUGACUCCUACAAAAUCCCUUUUGUUGUGAUGUCUCUGAGCUCUUUGGCCUCAGAGCUCCACAGUCUGCUGCAGUCACAUGAGGGCACUCUGCCCCUUCUCAGUUUCCCGGACUGUUAUGCUGCAAAAUUCAGCCCUCUGCAGCUUGGCAAUGAGACAAUGGAGGGUGGCGUUCCUCUGGAGCAUCUCAUCACAUGUAUUCCCAGUAUCACAGUCGUCACAGCUCAGAAUGGAUUCAAAGUCAUCAAGUGGGUCCACAACAAACCACCUGGACAAAACUCUGAGCCAUGGAUUCAGCGCUGCAAGAGCCCGGUUGGUAAUCCCCAGCUCAUUCAGUUCAGCAGGGAGAUCAUUGACCUGCUGAAGAGCCAGCCGUCCUGCAUCAUGCCAAUCGGCAAAUUCAUACCCUCAUAUCACCAUCACUUUGCUAAGCAGUGCCGUGUCUCCGACUACGGCUUCUCCAAGCUGCUGGAGCUUCUGGAGGCUGUGCCACAUGUCCUACAGAUCUUGGGAAUGGGCACCAAGCGUUUACUGACCCUGACACAUCGUGCGCAAGUGAAGCGCUUCACCCAAGAUCUGCUUAAACUGCUCAAGUUUCAGGCCAGCAAGCAAGUGGCGAUCAGGGACUUCAUGCAGGCCUAUCAUUGGUGCUUCUCCAGAGACUGGAGGGUCACAGACUAUGGCAUAUGUGACUUGAUGGACCUGCUGACAGAGAUCCCAGACACCACCAUCACUAUUGCACACCAAUCAACAGACACCAUCAUCUCAGUUCCCAAGAGGGAGCGUACUGCGGAGGAAGUGGAGCGAACCAAGCAGUUUGGGAAGGAGGUGGUGGACCUCCUCCGUCACCAGCCUCACUGCCGAAUGGCCUUCAGUAAAUUCAUACCCACUUACCACCACCACUUUGGUCGCCAGUGCAAGCUCAGCUACUACGGAUUCACCAAGCUGAUGGAGCUCUUUGAAGCGAUCCCUGAUGUUCUGAUGGUGUUGGAAUGUGGUGAGGAGAAGGUGCUGACUCUGACAGAGGUGGAGCGUGUCAAAGCUCUGGCAGCUCAGCUGGUCAAGCUGCUACGAGCUCAGAAAAACUCCAGUCUUCCUGUCAGCCAGCUGCUUCCAGAGUACAGCAAGACCUUCGGUUAUGGUCUGCGUCUGCAGGACUAUGACGCGACCUCUCUGCCCGCCCUGCUGGCCAAACUCUGCCAUGUUGUCAAGGUGGUGGAUGGCUCUGAGAGUCGUGAAGUGCAGCUGAUCAACAGGAAGUCUCUGAGGCUGCUGACCUCUCAGCUGCUUGCUCUGCUCAUGUCCCAAGAAAAGGAUCAAGUCUCCAAAGGGAUGAAGGUAGAGGAGCUGAGCCACCAUUACCAGAUUCUUCACGGAAACCUGCUAAAUCCAUGUGAAUACGGGUUCCUGUCCCUCAGCGAGUUGCUCAAGAGUCUCCCAUAUCUUGUCGAGUUGUACCAAGAAGAAGGGGAUGGCGGCCCAGCCAGCGGUGGUGGCGAUGAGUGGGUGAGGCUCACCGGGCUCUACCACUUUGCUGGCAACGUUCGCGCGCUGCUCCACACCUACCACUACAACCAGAUCUUCCUGACCGAGUUCCCGGGCGCUUAUAGCAAAUUCACGGGCCGCAGCCUUGAGCCGCGCUCUUUCGGAUACUUCAGUACAGAUGAGCUGCUUGGCGCCAUCCCACAGGUGGUUUGGAUCAAAGGGCACGGCCACAAGAGGAUUAUCGUUUUGAAGAACGAUAUGAAAGCUAGAGCAGGCUCCUCUGUGCCCAACGGCUCCCAACCAGAAGAGAGCGCAGAGAGCCCGAGAGAUAGUCCUGUCAGCACAGCAACAUCUGGAACCCAGAGUCCAGGUGUUGAUGCAGCUGAAGACUCGGAGCUGCUGUGUCUCACGGCCUCCCUGGACCUGUUGUGCGGGCCUGUGCCGUCCUGCCUGCCCUCCCCUCUGCUCCACCCGGACCCGGUCCCCCCCCAGCACGUGGACCUGAUUCACUUUGAGAAGACUCCUCCACCUCGACUACCGACAGCAGAAAGCGUUGGAAGCGAUGCAGCUGCUGAUGAGCCGCCUGAGUGUCCAGCCCCCCCUGAGGUCAAGAGCCUGUUGUCCACAGACAGCCCCGGAAGAAGAGCCUCGCGUAGCAAAAUCAAACUAGCCGCCAACUUCUCGUUCACAGCGGGAAUCUGAUCCCACACACACACACAAACACACACACACACACACACACACACGUGCUGCUCACAAACCGUAACUCUAAGUGGAAGACUUGAGUUGCGUCAAACGCACAACAAAACAAUAACCCUUAAAGAGUAUUUGUCUCGUUACCUCGACACCCCAGCAUUACUUUCCUUUCUGCUUCUCGUCACACCUUUUUUCUUUUUUUUAU